AUGUCCAAUAGUUUUGAUGGGCUAUUUUCUAAAGUGAAAAACAUCUUUGUCCCGCGAGUCCGAGAUGCUCAGAAAUCGAUAGAACAAUACAUUUUAGAAGAAAGAAUUAAGCAAGCUUUCAAUGAUUUUGUUGAGAAAACUGCAGCUGAUGCGGAUACUGAAAGUCCUGAAUAUGCCAGCAUGAAGUCCGAACCAACAGCAUUGAUGUCUACACCGCAGCUGGCUACCAUACAUGGAAGAAGAAUUGAAUCCCAUGUCAUCAAGACAAGAGACGGGUAUCUGUUAACGUUGCAUCGAAUAUUAAGUAAACACAACCAAAAUGACACAAAAUUUAGUAAUGAAACCAUUUUACUACACCACGGUCUUCUUGGCAGCUCAGCUGACUGGAUACUUUUAGGGCCGGAAAAAUCGUUACCAUACAUUCUAAGUGACGCUGGUUACGAUGUAUGGAUGACCAAUGCCAGAGGUAAUUACUAUUCCAGAGGUCAUAAGUCAAAACCUGUGAAUUCACGGUCAUACUGGAGGUUCACAUUUCAAGAAAUGGGCGAAUACGACCUGCCCGCCGCCAUUGACUAUGUUCGAACCUUAAAAAAUUCUACCAAGAAAAUAAAUUAUGUUGGCCAUUCCAUGGGUGCUACAGCAUUAUUGGUGCUGCUAUCAACUGCUCCGCGUUACAACCAGUACUUACGAAUCGGGAUAUUGUUGGCACCGUUGGCAUUUAUGUCCAAUAUCCAAGGUCCACUAAAAAUUCUUACGAGUAUGUCGACCGAUCCUCCCGAUCAAUUGCUUAAAGCCAUCGGCGACACAGAGUUCGUGCCAUCCAGGAAGAUCCCGAAAAUGAUGGCAUCAAAAUUUUGUAAAGGAGCAAAUAUUUACUGCAGCAAUCCGUUGCUUUUUUUGACGGGCAGUAUACCCGAACAGGAGCCGCAGGAUGCAAGCUUCAUGGCCAGAUUGUUGUACCACGUGCCCGCCGGGGGAUCAACUGACACCAUAAUGCAUUACGGACAGCUUGUCAAGAGCGGGAAGUUCCAUAGAUUUGGUCGGGUUAAGUCUGAAUUUCCAUUGAACCAAGUUAAGCUCCCGAUUGCUAUGUUCAGUUCGAGCACCGACUGGCUCGCUACAGUUCCUGACGUCCUGAGGCUGUACUUUAGUAUUUCAAACCCUAUUGACCAUUACGUAAUCCGUGGUCAGAACCUGAGCCAUACCGAAUUCGUUUGGGGGUCCGAAGCUAACGUAUUGGUGUUCCCGAAACUGAUGGAUUACUUAGAAAAUGGUUUGAAUGUUAAUUUUGUUAAAGCGAACGAGGUUUGA